AUGGCGGAAGACGAGAAAAAGAAACUUCCCGCUAAACCUAUGAGCCAAAUGCUCGACUUGGCCGCGCGACUGGACGUGCCUCAGGGCAAGGAUUCGGCCUCCCUCCCCGGCGAGUCGCCGCUUUCGUCGGCUUCUCGUGCCCGACGUCUACGCAACGACGCCAAUCCCUACGCCUGCCUUCUCCGCGCCCCGCAGGGUGGCGUCACCAAGGCGCACGUGAUGAAGUGCCUGGACCCUUUCCGUCGUCUGCUGCCCCCGUUGAACGUCGAUCCGGCGCGCCUCCUUCAACUUCUCCAUGCUCUCAUGGCGGCUGGCCUCAAGGCCAAGCGACUCCUGGAUAACUUUGAGGAGGGCCUUGCUCAAGGAGACUUUGCCGACCUCGACCUUCAUCAACUGAUGAUGUCGGCUGAUCUCCCACCGUUGCCGGAGAAGAGCCCCGGAUCGGGCGACGGCCCUGAUCUGCUGCAACCGCUCGACGCUGCCGAGUACCUGAUCGUGCUCAACCAACGCUCUUUGCUGUUGUGGCUCCCAUGCGCAACGGUGCGAAAAUUUGAUGGCGUCCGGCCAGGACCCAAACGACAACCAAGCUUCCGAGGCGAGUUUUUCAAAACGGAGGGCGAAGGUGGCUCCGACGAAGACUCCCUCGACCCUGACGAGCCGCUGAUAACCCAGGACGACCAUUUUUUUGGUGCCGCCUGCAUGGCCGGCUACGCGGAUUUGGUGGCCCUGCUUUGCGAACUGCGUGGGAGCGCCGAAUACGAAGCCCCAAACGAAUACACCCCCCUGAUGGAAGCCUGUGCCGGUGGCAAGGCGGAUGUCGUCGAAGCCCUGCUGCAGCAUAACGCCGAGGUCAACACCCUGUCCGAGGCCAAGAACAGCGCCCUGGUUUUUGCAGCCGCUAGCGGACACCUUGAGUGCCUGAAAGCCCUCCUUGCCUCCAAGAAAUGCGACCUGACGAUCCGCAACGCGAACGGCCACUGCGCCCUCAUGCAAGCCGCCAACGCCGGCUGUCUGGAGAGCGUCAAGGAGUUGGUCAAGUACGGCGCCCGUAGCGAGUACGUCAACACGACCAGCGAGUUCAAGGAAUCCCCUUUGACGCUUGCUUCGUACAAGGGCUACGUGGAUAUGGUCGAGUUUUUGCUCUCCAUCGAAAAGGGCCCGGACCACGAGGAAGAACUUCACACGGCUCUCAUGGAGUCUUGUAUGGACGGUCAUUCUCAGGUUACCAAGCUCCUCCUCGACCACAAGGCUCCGGUCAACAUGGCGUCUGAAGCGUUCGAAAGCCCGCUGACCCUCGCUUGCUGCGGUGGACAUAUGGAAAUUGUCGAGAUGCUCGUGGAAGCCGGGGCUUCACUCGAAGAACCUAACGAUGAGGGCUAUACCCCAUUGAUGGAGGCAAGCCGCGAAGGUCACGCUGACAUCGUCAAGUUCCUCAUCGAAAACAAGGCCAACGUGAACGCGACGACCGAAGACCACGGCGAGACGGCGAUGACGUUGGCGGCGUGCAGUGGCCAUCGGGAGAUUUUCGAGAUCCUCGCGGAUGCUGGUGGCGAUGUGACGCUGGGAACGCAAACGCCGUUGAUGGAGGCUAGCCAGGAAGGCCAUUUCGAUAUUGCGAAGAUGGUGGUUGAUCGGGCCACGAAGGAGCAAAAGGAGUCCAUCGACUACAAGCAAAAGUUGAACACGUCGUUGGCGAUAGCUGCCGAGAGCGGACAUGUCGAUGUUGUCGAGCUUUUGAUGAAGCACGGCGCCGAUCCGAACACCGAGGUCGAUCACCGCACGGCGUUGAUGAAGGCGUGCAAGCACGGAUUUCGGGACGUUGCUGCAUAUCUUAUGGAACACGGGGCUGACGUGAACCGCCUCUCCUCCAACAACGACAUGACUGCCCUGAUAUUGGCGAGUGGCGGCGGCUUCAAGGAAAUCGUCGAGCUGCUGCUGAAACACGGCGCCAAUCCGGGCGUUAUUGUCAAGGACGGCUACACCUGCAUCAUGGAAGCGGCCAAGAAUGGGCAUGCCGAGAUACUGGAGAUACUGCUCGACCACGAGUCUACCAUUGUCAACGCCAGCUCUGCUACUGACGCCACGGGCAACCCACAAUCACCACUUCCUCCCCUCCCUGGCAGCAACGUUGCCGGGCCCAUUCGAUCGACAGCUCGCCGAAAGAAGGUGCUGGUGACCAAUCCCCUUGCCGCCCCACCCUCCCUUGUCAAAGCCAACCAGACAGCCGAUGCGACCACCCGUCGUACCCUCUUGCAGCAGCACAUGCUCAGCGGCAUCAGCAUCGAUCCAUUGAAGGAGGGCGAGACGGACCCGAACGACGCGUUCUUCGACCUGGAGAGUCUGCUCAGCAACGGUGAAAACCUGCCCGACAUCUUGGCCAAAUACUUUGCGACAGUAGGCGAGAUCUCCCGGAACCCGGACCUGCUCACCGACAGCUCGAUGAUAGACAAGGUGAUUCAGCACUGGAUGCCCUACCUCAGAAGCGUGCCGCCGGAAGCACAUCAUGGUGGAGCUCGCAACCCAACCACUCAGUACGGAAUGCACAUGCAAAGCACCACCACGACCACCCGGACCCCCGCCGACCCACCCCUCCCCUCCAACACGCCAUCCAGCUACUUUCACACGGCCUACGAGAACCUGAAGCGCAGCUUCUCCGGCCUGCCGAUUGGCCGAACACCGGACCCCAAAACCGCCGAGCGUAAGGAUUCCGUUGGCAAGAAGCCCGAUGUCAAAGACGCCAAGAAUCAGCCUGGACCCUCCAAGACAAAGCCACCUCCCACCGCCGACAAGCUUCCGGAGGGCGUUUCCGUCACCACGGCCGCGAUGGUCGACAAAAUGAUGGCACGCCUCAGCCCGGCCCAAAUUAAACGUGUCCACGAAACCGUCUUCCUUGGUGCCGCCCGCGACGAAAGUCUCCACCAUUCUGACAUCAAGACAUUGCUCGUUAGCCACCCCGAAUGCCGCCUGGCCAUCAAGGGAUACUGCGACAAUUUGGAUCUCAUUCGGGGCUACGACCAACGGCGAACCCAAAGCGAAAGCGACGUCACGGCGCCCAGCGAAGAUUUCAACGCCAUCGACGAGGCCGAUGCCUCGCUUUUCGAGUCUGCCAUCACCCAAAUCAAGGAAUACCUCCUCCGCUUCCGUAAAAUCGACAAAGCGGCAAAGGCGGCGGCGGCUCGAGAAGCGUCAAAUGGCGGCAAGAUGGGCGUGGACAUGAUGACCGAGUCGAACCAGGACACUGCCCUUUCCUUCGCCUGUCAGCACGGCUCGGUCGAGACUGUGUUGGCUUUGCUCAAGAGGGGCGCCAACCUCGAACAUCGCGACAAAAAGGGCUUCACCCCUCUCAUCAUGGCUGCGUCGCACGGACAUGCGCUUUUGUGUGACGAACUGCUGAAUGCUGGUGCUGAACUCGAAGCGCAGAGCGAACGGACCAAGGACACUGCCCUGUCGCUGGCCUGUUCAAGCGGCCGCAAGGAGACUGUCGACUUCUUGUUGCGAAAAGGCGCCGAUAAAGAACACCGAAACGUCAGUGACUACACCCCGCUAUCCCUCGCUGCCAGCGGUGGAUAUGUGGAUAUCGUGACGACGCUGCUCGAUGCUGGCGCGGAGAUCAACUCGAGGACAGGGAGCAAGCUCGGCAUUUCUCCGCUCAUGCUGGCUGCGAUGAACGGCCACAGCGAAGCCACCAAAGUGUUGCUCGAACGCGGAUCCGACAUUAACGCCCAGAUCGAGACAAACCGAAACACCGCGCUGACCCUCGCCUGUUUCCAGGGAAGGACUGAGGUUGUCCGUCUCCUCUUGCAGUUCAACGCCAACGUCGAGCAUCGCGCCAAAACUGGCCUCACACCCCUGAUGGAGGCUGCCAAUGGUGGCUACACAGAAGUGGGCGAAUUGCUGCUGGAGGACGGUGCUGAUCCGAACACUGGGCCCGUGCCAUCUUCUCGAGACACCGCUCUGACGAUUGCUGCCGACAAGGGCCACGACAAGUUCGUCGAAAUGCUCGUGAUGCGCAACGCCCAAAUUGAUGCGCGGAACAAGAAGGGAUGUACGGCUCUGUGGCUGGCCUGCAACAGUGGACACACAGAGACCGUCAAAAUACUCGUCGAACACGGCGCCGAUGUCGAAAUUCCGGACAACCGGAAGAGCACCCCCUUGAUGGUGGCUUUCCGCAAAGGGCAUUCGCCGGUGGUCAAGUACAUGGUCUGUCAUGUCACCCAGUUCCCAUCUGAUCAGGAUCUGGAUCGAUACCUCACAACCAUCGUCGGCGACAAGGAGUUGCACCCGAAAUGCAACGAGUGCCGUCAAGAGAUCCUCGCCGCCAAGGAAAAGCAGGCCAAAGAAGCCGCUAAGGCCGCUGAGGCCCUGCUGCAGAUGCUCGAGGAGGAGGAGGAACAGAUUCGCAGCAAAAAACAGGCCAAGCAACGCAAGAAUGAGAAAAAGAAGGCCAAGAAGCAGGCGGCAACCAAAAAGCCUGAGGAGAAAGCUGGUGAAUCGGAUGUUGAGAAGGAGGAGGAAAAAACCGAGGAGCUGAAGGCCGAGCCCGAGCCCGAGCCUGAUGAUCCGACACCCAGCCUUGAACGUGCGUCUUCCCCACAAGAAGUCAUCGAAGAACGGGUACCUGUCCUCCCUACAACGACCACCUUGGAGUCUGCAUCCCCUCCGUCUUCCGGCAGCGAUCAAGCUACGGCAGGCGGCGCGCAAUCCGAGAAGCAGCGCAAUAAGAGAUCGGAUAAGAAGGAGUCGCAACGUGACCGCCGUCGUCAGGAGAGUGGCAAACACCCGCUCACCACAAUCGUGCCUGCAACAGCCACUAUGCCAAGUCAGAAGAGCCCACUGGGAUUGACGGCUGCUCAGAAUGAGGAAUGGGUGAAGGCGAAUGCUAAGAAGACCAAGGGUCGACUUGCCGCGGGAAUCACGGCAAAGCAGGCUGGCGGGCCACUAGACCGCCCCGAUUUCUACCAAGACGAAGCGGGGAUCUACUCGGGAUGGAAAGACGUUGAAGUGACACGCCGCAAAGCCACCGUGAUGACGCUCUCCUCAAACGCGAUCGCGCGCGUCAUCGGCCGCGGUGGCGCUAACAUCAACGCCAUCCGCGAAGCCACGCAAGCGUCCAUCGAGGUGGAGAAGCAGAACACGAAGCGCGAGCAGACCGAACGCCAAAUCACCAUCCGCGGCACGGCCGAUACUGUCAGAAAUGCGAUUCAAAUGAUCAACGGACUGGUGAUCGACCAGGAAUCAUCAGUCGGCGACAUCAUCCGCCAGGUCAUGCGCAGCGGCUCGGUCUCCACCGGAUCGGCCGAUUCCUCCGAGGGCAACAGGUCGCAGGCCGACUUCAAGAAGAGCCCCAGCCUCGGCCGCAAGCACCACGACCCUGCCACGGCCACAGCGCCCACCACCAACAUUUGGCAGCAACGAAUGGCAGCGGCGAUGGCUAAAGAAGCGGAAGCGGCUGCCCACUCCACAUCACCCACCCUCGAGCACCGGCGGCAGAUGCUUCAUUCGGCGAAGGCGCAAGGACCGGCUUCAAGACCGUCGGCCAUGUCACGCUUCCACGGCGAACACUUGGAGGAAUCUUGCGGCAGCUCUUCAUUGACCACACCCUCCCCUCCAGUUUCACCGCCUGUCGAGACGCCAGCCGAGAAACCAGCUCCACAACCUGUCGUCACCGCCAUUGCGCGACCUGUGCGACAGGAGCCAGCUGCCGUUCCUUCAGCCGAUCUUCCAGCCACUACCGUGCCUGAGCGUCAAGAAAUUCCCAACGUGUCUGCCAACAUCUUCUCGACCUCGGUCGCGCCCACUUCCCAGCCAGAAGGCGUCAAGUCGCACCACCUGCCGGCCCUCGGGGAAUUGCCAAUGAUCGAUAACGCUCCGGUCUCUCCCGGCUCAUUCGACUAUUUGACGCAAUUCGACAAGGUCACCCUGCCCGAGCUCAACUUGGCCGCCAGCUUUGCCAACUUCACAACCCCAACGUCGUCUGCGCUGGAGCCCAUGAACCCCGCCACGUCGUUCCUCCCAGGCCCCAGUCGGCCCCGUGAAGAACCCAGCAACGGCGGCGCCACGGCAUUUCCGGGGCUCUCGAUUUCCAACAUCUGGGGCAGCCUGCCCGGUAUCGGCGAACACUGGGGCAACAAGCCGGUGAACAACGGAUUCGGGGCUAUGAAGUAUCCAGCCGAGAGCCACAUCCAAGACUGGGGCGCGGCGGCCGCCGUCGACCCACAGCUCGCCUUCACGCAGCAAAAGAACCAGGCGCCAAGCCAGUCGAGCUCGCUCGCUGAAACUUCCACCACGGCUUCCAAGACUUUUUCGACGCCCAGCGCUUCGAAUGGAUCGCUGCUGAAUCGAUCGCGGGAGCCGGCCUUGCCUUCGGGCUCGAAUGGAUGGACUGUGCCGGCGAAGCCAACACCAUCAAUGCCGCAGCAACAGCAACAACCCACCACGAGCAGCUUCGCGCGCCCCGGCCCCUCGGCGACGAACAGCAACAACGUUAUCGGCAACCUAGCUGCAUCACUGGCCCAGGCGCGCACCUUCCAGCCGGCUGCCCAGCCUGCCCGCGAGGCCCGCCCGCAGCCCCCGAUGCCCGAACAAUUCUAUUCGUUGGCUGCCCAGAUCGCCGCGGCCCAGAAGCCGCCCGUCCGCCCCGCCGAACGCCCCCAGCCUCCCGUGGUGCCCAGCUACAAUCAGCAAACUGCUGUCAACAAGGCUGCGCCCAAACACUUCAACACCUAUCAGGCUUCCCAGCAGGAGUUCGACCCGCUGACCCAUGUGCUGCCCACCUACACGAGCACACAUCACCAGCAGACCAUUGUCAACGGCGCCGAUUUCCAGGGCAAUCGUCACCCAAGGCCCACCGGCUACGGCGGCUACCCGGGUGCUCCACCAGGCUUCGGCCCCGGCAGACCUGAAAACGGCCCAACGAGUCAACAAAUGCGCGGCUACGGUUAUCCGCAACCGCCCGCCUCCAACAACCCCCCGAUGCCGUCGUCGCAGAUGCAUCCGGUGUAUUCGAUUUACAAUGGCCCAUCGGCACCAUCGGGCCCGACGUGGAACAAGCCUCCGGCGUCCACCCCGCAGCCGCCGCCCGGCUCGCCGUGGGGCGGAUGGAAC